UACCCGGUGAUAAGAACUGGGAACUCGCUUGCGUUCGCGUGUGCGAGAACGCGACCACAAAGGUCAUCGCCCAACUCCCGGCUUGUCUCCUCCGCCCUUCUCUCUGUCACUCGCGGCGAGGGGAGAGCAAUGGUGUCCGCCUCUCUUUCCUUCGUGCUCUACUCCUCAUCUUUCUAUUCGUUCCCGUCCAAAUCCCCUUUCGACGCUUCAUCGGUUCCAUCGAUCCCAUUCCCUCGCUCCUUGCGAAUCGCUGGACCCCUAAAUCCCCGGCCAUUGCUCUCCUCUCUAUCUUCGUCGUUUUCUUCUUCCCGCCGGAUAAAUUAUCCGAAGGCAAGAGUGGUUGCGAAGCUCUCCGCUGCGAUCGAUGAUGAUUCCGCUGGAGCGGAGCAGUUCCUGGAGAACAAUUCCAUCUCGGCUUUCAUGAGAUUCAGAAGGGGCGAUGGGGGCGAAGGCGACGGCGGCGGCGAGCUGCAGACGGCCGUUGUCAGCUAUCGGAAGAAGUUUCCGUGGUCAUUGCUCGAUCCAUUUCUCCAGGUGGAUUUGGUAUCGACAAUCCACAUUGCAGACAAAGAAUACUUUGAGACCCUGCAAAAAGGACUUGAACUUUAUGAUCGUGUCCUCUAUGAGAUGGUGACAAGCAGGGAUAACCUAGAGAAUAGGAGAUACUCAGUAUCUACUAAAAGGCCAAAAACUUCACGUUCUAAGGGCUUCAAUAUUCUUGGAUUCAUUCAAAGGAAGAUGGCUCAAAUUCUUUCGCUGGAUUUCCAAUUAGAUUGUCUUAAUUAUGAGGGUGAAAAUUGGCAUCACGCAGACCUUGACUAUGAGACUUUCAAGCUACUUCAGCAUGAAAGAGGCGAAAGCUUUUUCACAUUUGCAAAAGACAUGACUCUCAAAUCGACAAAAGCAUUUGUGCAACCAGCAUCCAUACGAGAUGAUCUUGGGCCUUGGAGAUCAACGCUACUUUGGGCUUCCCGGGUGCUACCCAUGCCACUUGUCGGACUUUUUAUCAUCAGCAGCAUUUGUGCACCUUUGGAAAGUCAGACCGCAGAAAAACCUGAGCUAGAAGCACUGUCGAGGCUGGAUUUUGGAGCUGCGAUGAAGAUUUUCCUGGCCAAGCGGCUAACUUCAGAGUUCACAGCUAUAACUGCAGCCCUAGAGGAGAAAUCAGUUAUAAUUGGCGAAAGGAAUAGAGCUGCGACUGUGGCAUUGCAUAGCGCAAUAGAGAGUGGGAACAAGAGAGUAGCAGUGCUGUAUGGAGGUGGGCAUAUGCCAGACUUGGGAAGACGAUUACGUGAAGAGUUUGACAUGGUACCCUGUCGAGUGCAGUGGAUAACAGCUUGGUCGAUAAGGAAUCGAGAGCUUGAUAGCAACUCGCUCCCGUUCCUUAGGACAUUGGCCAAGCUAUCAGGUUGGCCUCUGAACAGGUCAGAUAUGAGUGGAAGAUGGUGCAUGGUUGCUGACACAGAGUCUGCCUAGACAAAAGUUGUGUCUGCCAUCUAGAGUAGGAGAAUGCCUCUCUAAAGCUGUUUCGAUUUAUAAUCAUCUUGAGAAGUUUAUUUUAGCUGAUGCUGCACAGUAAAGGUCACGGACUCACGGUGCUUUGGAGUCAAGACAAUACCUAUCUAAGUGUUUCAGGCAUUGUCAGAGCACCAGCCAAACGGUCUGCCAUAGCACUAGUGAUGAUCAAACUCGACACGACCUUAUCAGUUUCUGAAUCCUGGAUGUCCACAAGCUCCUCCGGCCUAACCUCCAAAUUAUGCCAGGUUGAGCCCAUAGACUCCCUGCGACAUGGUUAACAUGUUGAGAACUAAGCCCACGAAGAUCUAGAUCUUGGAUAACGCAGCUCAAGAAUGGGUUCUUUUCGUCGUAGCUCAAUCAGGUACAACCUCAGCCUGCAACCAAGCAGUUAGUUUGGGUUGACACCAACAUAAACCGUAUCCAACCAUUGUUUCCAACUGCAUCCUGAUUGCUUCAUGAAAAAUUUCUGGCUGCAAACUCAGUUUUGGAAGAGUAUCUAAAAGUUAUGCUGCCGUUGUGCUGCUCUUACAAUAUUUUUAUUGUUCUCUGAGAAUUUAUUUAGUUUAAGCAUCAGAUGAUCAUCUACAGGACAUUUUUUGAUAAGAAGAUUUCUUCA